AUGUUCUGCUGCGGUUCAAAAAAGAAGAAAUCGAAAGUGCCAAGCCAGAGGAGCCAUCCACGAAUUCCGACACACAUUCUUUUAAGAAGGAAGAGGAAUCCCAAAAAGUGUAUGUUCCACCACCUCCCCCUACAAAACCAAUUGACUAAGUUUUUUAUUAAAAUUAAUUCAAAUUAGGAAAUGCUGAGGCAAAUAUAAAAUAUUAACGACUUGCGUAAUAGAGGUUUAUAUGAAAAAAGUGUCGAAUGUGAACACGAUUACAUUACUUAGUUGAUAAACAAGGAAAAUAUACAAUAGUAGUUUGCACUUGAAUUUAAAUGGGCAGUUAAUUAUACAAACCAUCUAAAGGGAAAAAAAGCUGAAAUUGGAUAAAUAAACAACAAAAACCUACUUGGACCCAAUCAAUAUAUAAGAAGUGGUUUACAAUAAGACAAAGACUAUGUGGUCUUAAAUGAAUCAGCUUGGAACUUCGUGAUGCAAAUGUAUGGAGGAGGUCCAGAAGUCAAGAUCAUGCCUUCUCAUAAACAAGAAUCUUAAGCCCAACCUCCAAGUCUGUCCAGUACUUAUUCCAAGCCUCCAAUACAACAACAAUCUAUGAGAUAAGCACAAACGAACUCAAGGUUCAUUCAAUAAAAACCAAUGACCUAAACUGUUUCAGUUAUAACAACUCCCAAAUCAGUAGACAGACAAACAUCAUAGAUUAUAGAGCCACCACAAAGAAAUGAUAGUGCUUAAAACUAUAGAAAAGGAUAUGAGGAAUAGAAAAGACCUUCCAUUUCCCAGGGCUAACUACCAAUUGUUGGAUUGAGAAAUCCCAGAUAUUAUUGCUACUUGAAUUCAGCCUUACAGGUUCUUUUGAGCAUUGACUCUCUUUCAGAGGGCAUUUUGGCUGUACAACCAAAACAGGGCCAAAAGUACUUAGUUGCCUAUCAAGAAUUAUUAAGAACGAUAAAAAGAUCAGGCUCUUUUUCCGCAAUUGCAGCUUAGAGUGUAUGGGAAAAUUGUUCUGGGAAAUUCUAAUUUAAUUAAUAAUAAGAUAGUCAUGAAUUUCUAUUGUUCUUUUUGGGGAAAAUUCAAGAGGAGCUUGUUGGCAAAUACAAAAACAAGUAGGAGUUCAAUUCAGCUGAAUAAGCUUGGAGUGAUUAUACAUCCAAAAAUUAUGAUAUUGUCGAUACCAUUUUUGCAGGGCAAUCAACUAGUUAAUCCUUCUGCAAAUCUUGUAAUUAAGUUUGUGAGGGUUAUGAUCCUAUAUGGGAUUUGUCUUUGCCAAUCAGUAAAUCAUACACUGGAGUUGAUUUGAUGGACUGUCUAAAAUCAUAUUAUAGAGAGGAAGUUAUUAAUGACACUUGGAAAUGUGACAAGUGCAAAAAAACUAAUAAAUCAGUUAAAAGAAGGAUGUUUAUUAGUUAGACUCCAAAAUACUUAAUUAUUUAAUUUAAAAGAUUCACUACAUUUCCAACCUCUCAAAAAAUUAAUGAUUCCAUAUCUUACCCUGAAAAGUUAGAUAUUUAAGAAUUUUGCUCCAAGGGGCUAUAAACUAAAUAUAAACUUAAAGCACUUAUAACUCAUAUGGGUUCUAUUAAUGGUGGACAUUAUAAGGCCUAUGCUGAGAGAUACGAUAAUUGGUAUUUAUUUGAUGAUGAAACUGUAUCAAAGAUUAAUGGCAAAUAAUUAUCUGAUAGAUCAGCCUAUGUAUUGCUUUAUCAAAAAUAUUGA